AUGGAAAAUAACACAUGUGAAGAUCUGCAAACUGAAAUUGAAUUCUACCGGCAAAAUCAAGUCAUCGUGGAACAAGAAAUUAAAACGCUGAUUGCAGAUAAUCAAAAACUUUCUCAACAAGUUGGUAACCUUUUAAAAGAAAAACUUCAAAUUGCACAGCAAGAUAACAAUCAUGAUAAAGAAGUUGAAGAUUUGAGAAAGCAGGUUAUCUUACUCGCUAAGGAAAGAGAUUCUCUACACGUUUUAUGGCAAACUUCUCAGAAAACAAUUGAAGCACUCGACAAAGAAUUAAAAACUUAUCAAGUUUACAACAAUAGAAGAAACAUAGAAAAUAAUACAGAUGGAAGAAGAAAUUUGGAACUAAAACUAGAAACAUCACUAACUGAUUACGUGGAAUUAGAAACAAAGUAUAAAAAACUAGAAAAAGACUAUGGUGUGCUACAAACUGAACUAAAGAGUAAAGAGAAAGAAAUACAAACUUACAAAGAAAGAGGUAAGGAGUUAGAAACAAAAAUAGUUACACUAGAAAAAAACUUGGAAGAAUACAAAAUAACUCUGGCAGCAGAAAAGAAAAACAACGAAAAUAUAAGGCAACAAUUGAUAGCGUGUCAGAAGGAAAGUGUAGAUAAAGUGAAGAAGGGAGUAGAAGCCAAAUCAAAGGUUGCUGAAGCUCUACAACUUUUCGAUGUAGUAUCGGCUCAAAAGAACGAAGCUUACCGGAAGAUAGCAGAACUAACAGGUGUAAUAUCUGAGUUACAACAAUCUCUAUCCAAAGUGAAGCAAGAAACAGAAAGGUGUUUCAGAGCGGAGUUAGAUGAAAUAAAAGAGAAGUAUAACGAAAAAGUGACGGACAUGUUGGAACAUAUAAGAAAUUUAGAUUCAGAGUUGAUAGAAAAGGGAAUGCUUCUAAAUAAAACGUUGAGGGAGAACAAAAUUUUACAGGAAACAAACGAAAACUAUAUUAAACAGCAUAAAGAGAAUCUUAACUCGGUCGAUCCAAAACUAGCGCUCGCCGAACAGAGAAUCGAGGCGAUGUUCCAGGAACUGGUUGCAUCGGAACGUCGCAAUAUUCAACUGGUGUGCGAGAAACAAUGCCUAGCAAUUGACAUUCAGAGAAUACAAGACAUUCACAACAGAGAGACAAAGCGUAGGGAUUGGGAGGAAGGUUUACUUAAAACGCAGCGGGAAGAACUUAAACUUCAGGUGGACCACCUACAAAAAUCACUGAACGAAACUCACGGUAUGAUAACCAGGUUGCAAAGUAUGCUCUCAUCGAGAACUGAACUCAGUCACAAAAUGGUAUCAACGAAAGAAGAGGAACUGUUAGAACUCAAUAAACAUUUGGAAAACCAAAUGGAACUAAAUAAAAAAUGGAAAGAAUCUUACUUAGACAUGACGGAUAAGUUAAAGAAGAAUUUGGAAGCCUUAUAUAAAGAGAACAACGAAUUGAGAUCUAAAUUGAAUCUCCCUCGCAUAGCUUCACCGAAACAUGAACAUAGUUCGAGUAGUUCAUAG